AACUUAGAACCUUGAAAAACCCCAAUAGCUCCGUUACCUCUCCUAUCUUUUUCUAAAUAGACGAGGAAACUUCCAGAGCUGAAAUAAUGGAAAUCCCAACAAAAGGUGCUGACCGCUGACCCAUAAAGUUUAGUUGUUCCUGAAGGGAAUUGAUACAGUUUCCAAGUGGAUCUAUGAAUUUGGUGGUGGUGGUUCUUGUUAAGAGUCAAGCAAGUCUCUGGUUUCUAUUAACAUGUGACAAACUCAUACAUACUCAAGCGUAACCCUUCAAUUAAGACAACGUUCUGGAUUAUAAAAUGUUUUUGUAUUUACUUUACUUCAUAGUUGAGGGAAGAUGUAUUUUUAAGAGUAUAUAUAUAAAGGCAAAGCAGAAACCCAGAAAUAUCAUAGGGGUGAUUUGGUCAUUAACUAGUUCCAUGCAAAUGCAGUUAAAUCAUGAUGAUUCUUGAUCAUGAAGGGGAAGAAGGAGAACCAAUCAACCAGUGUCACAAAAAGGAGUAAGGAUAGCGACAUGCCAUAUUUUGCCUCGUGUUCAAAAUACAAAUACCAAGAUAUUAAAUAAAGAUAAGAAGACAAAGACACACUUCCUCUUUCACUCAUUUUUUUCUUCCUCACAAGUCAAAGCCACAUUAUAUAGACAUCAUUUCUGUUCAGUGUGUUACUGUUUCCUCUGAGAGACACACAUUCUGAAUAAAAAGCAUUGCAGCAAUGGCUGCUCUACCCUUCUCAACAACCUGCAGCCAUUCCAAGUUACCUAUACAUCGCAAUUCCAAAUCAAGCUUCGCAGGUUUCAGUCCAAGAAACAGUAUUUGGCAGUUGUUUGUAAUCACCAAGUCAAAUUCCAGAAGGGCAAUAAGAAAACUGUGCGUGAAGAAUGUUGCCAGUGACAAGAAGCAGGAAAUGAAAGAACCACUCAAUGAACAAGGCACUUUCAAUGAAUUUGUACCAGAUUCUGCAUCUAUUGCUUCUAGCAUCAAAUUCCAUGCUGAGUUCACCACCCCUUUUUCUCCAGAGAAGUUUGAGCUCAAUAAGGCUUUCUUUGCAACUGCAGAGAGUGUUCGUGAUUCUCUUAUCAUAAAUUGGAAUGCAACAAAUGACUAUUACGAGCGAAUGAAUGUUAAGCAAGCCUAUUAUAUGUCUAUGGAGUAUCUACAGGGUAGGGCAUUGCUAAAUGCAAUUGGGAAUUUACAACUCUCGGGUCCUUAUGCUGAGGCUCUCAAAAAGCUGGGUCACAACUUGGAGGAUGUGGCUAAUCAGGAACCAGAUGCUGCCCUUGGGAAUGGGGGAUUAGGUCGGCUUGCUUCUUGCUUUCUGGACUCCUUGGCAACUUUGAAUUACCCUGCAUGGGGAUAUGGACUCAGAUACAAGUAUGGUUUAUUCAAACAGCUUAUAACAAAGAAUGGACAGGAGGAAGUUGCUGAAAACUGGCUUGAGAUGGGAAAUCCAUGGGAAAUUUUGAGAAAUGAUGUUUCUUAUCCAGUUAAAUUCUAUGGGGAAGUUAAUUCAGGGCCAAAUGGAAGUAAACAGUGGAUUGGAGGAGAAAAUAUAUUGGCUGUCGCUUAUGAUGUUCCAAUACCUGGAUACAAAACUAGAACCACUAUAAAUCUGCGAUUGUGGUCGACUAAAGUUUCUCCAGAAGAAUUUGAUUUGCAAGCCUUCAAUUCUGGAGAUCAUGCCAAAGCAUAUGCUGCUAUGAAGAAAGCAGAGAAGAUCUGCUACAUUCUGUACCCCGGUGAUGAAUCAAUAGAAGGAAAAACUCUACGAUUGAAGCAACAAUACACACUAUGUUCUGCCUCUCUCCAAGAUAUUGUUGCACGCUUUGAAAAGAGAUCAGGGAAGAGAGUCAAUUGGGAUACUCUCCCAGAUAAAGUGGUGGUACAAAUGAAUGAUACUCAUCCAACACUUUGCAUUCCUGAGCUGAUUAGGAUAUUGAUGGAUGUCAAGGGUUUAAGUUGGGAGAAAGCCUGGAAUAUUACUAAAAGAACGGUUGCUUACACAAACCACACAGUUCUACCAGAGGCACUAGAGAAAUGGAGUUUGUCACUUCUGCAGGAUUUACUUCCUCGACACGUGGAACUAAUAAGAAUGAUAGAUGAAGAGUUGAUACAUGAAAUCAUUGCCGAGUAUGGUACAGAUGAUCUUGAAUUGUUGGAACAAAGAUUUAAAAAAAUGAGAAUACUGGAAAAUAUUGAAUUGCCUAGCUCAGUGAUGGAGCUGCUUAAUAUUCCAAAAGAGACUCCUGCUGUUGAUCCUGUGGAGGAAAUUGAUGUUGAUGAUAAUGAUAUAAAGGCAACAGAAGAACAGGAAAAAGAAGAACAAAAAGAAGAAGAAGAAGAUGAUGACGAUGGUGAUGAUGAAGUAGGGAAAGAGGGGGAGGAGGAAGAAGAAGAAGAAACUGUUGUAGAGGAUACUGGCAGUAAAAUAGAAGUGAGAUUCAAAGUUGAUUCAAAACUACCAAUGAUGGUUCGCAUGGCUAAUCUAUGUGUUGUUGGCGGGUUUUCUGUAAAUGGGGUGGCCGAGAUUCAUAGUGAGAUUGUAAAAGAUGAAGUUUUUGAUGAAUUUUACAAGUUGUGGCCUGAGAAAUUCCAGAAUAAAACAAAUGGGGUGACCCCUAGAAGAUGGAUUCGUUUCUGUAAUCCUGAUCUUAGUAAAAUCAUAACCAAGUGGAUUGGAACAGAAGACUGGGUAACAGACCUUAAGAAAUUGGCUAUACUUCGCAAGUUUGCAGAUAAUGAGGAUCUACAAUUGGAGUGGAUAGAAUCAAAAAGAAGAAACAAAAUAAAGGUUGCAUCAUUUCUCAAAGAGAAAACGGGUUAUGUUGUCAAUCCAAAUGCAAUGUUUGAUGUGCAGGUGAAGCGCAUUCAUGAAUACAAACGACAGUUACUGAAUAUCAUGGGAAUUGUUUAUCGCUACAAGAAGAUGAAAGAAUUGAGUGCUAAGGAAAGAAAACAAAUGGUUGUUCCUCGGGUUUGUAUUUUUGGGGGGAAAGCAUUUGCAACCUAUGUCCAAGCCAAGAGGAUUGUAAAAUUCAUCACAGAUGUAGGGGCUACAAUCAAUCAUGAUCCAGAAAUUGGUGAUCUUUUGAAGGUUGUUUUUGUUCCUGAUUACAAUGUCAGUGUCGCUGAAAUGCUAAUUCCAGGCAGUGAGUUGUCCCAGCACAUCAGCACUGCUGGGAUGGAAGCCAGUGGGACAAGCAACAUGAAAUUUGCAAUGAAUGGAUGCAUACUUAUAGGAACUCUUGAUGGAGCGAAUGUUGAAAUAAGACAAGAGGUUGGAGAAGAUAACUUCUUUCUUUUUGGUGCACGAGCUCAAGAAAUUGCUGGGCUACGGAAAGAAAGAGCCGAGGGAAAGUUUGUACCAGAGCCACGGUUUGAAGAAGUUAAGGAAUAUGUAAGAAGUGGUGUUUUUGGACCCUACAAUUAUGAAGAAUUGAUGGGGUCGUUGGAAGGGAAUGAAGGCUAUGGUCGUGCUGAUUAUUUUCUUGUUGGCAAGGACUUCCCUAGCUACUUGGAGUGCCAAGAACAAGUUGAUGAGGCAUAUCGUGAUCAGAAGAGAUGGACAAGAAUGUCAAUCUUGAACACAGCUGGUUCAUACAAAUUCAGCAGUGACAGGACUAUACAUGAAUAUGCUAGAGAUAUAUGGAGAAUUGAACCCGUUGAAUUGGCUUGAAAAUUUACACAUGCUUGCAACUUGUUCCCAAAUCACAUAGCCAAUGCAAUUAUGCAAAGGAUAUAUUAACUUAACCUAGAAAGUUAAUGUUGUCAUCAUAGCAUUUGUUAUACUUAAACGAAUAAGAACUCUCUCUGAUUUCACUGUUGAUCUUUUAUAUCCAAUUCCGUGUUGGUUUUGAGCUAAGUAAUCAAAAUCAAAUAAAAUUUAAGUACGACUUUUCUUAAU